UUUAAUCUCACCAAAGGAGAGAAAAAGGCUCAACCUGCUUUAAACCAGUUCUGCAGCUUUUCAUGUGCAGAUAGUUUAAACCUGACUAGAAAUCAGAGGUUUUCCAGUAGAAAUCUACUUGUUAACCCAGUUACUCUUAAUCUCUUACCCACAGUAACCAGGUUACUUACUGUUUAGUGCAGUAUUUAUAUGUUUUCUUUUUGUUUCUAGAUUCUGUCCCUCAGAUUUGGAUGUGACAUCUCUCUUCAUCCCAAAUCUCAGUGAGAUGAUGUUUUCAGCUCAUCAAAACUGUCAACUUGAUCCACAAAAUGACUUUGAGAAGAAAACCUUUGACAGCUGCAACUUUGAUGAUAAUAAUACUGAAAGUCUUCAUUGGACAGAUCCUCGCAUGUCAUCCAGCAGAGUACCUAACAGCAGGAAGAUGCUGUCCUAGAUGUCUUGCUGGAAGUCGAGUUAAAACAGAUUGUACAGAGUUCAGAAGUACAUCCUGUCUGCCCUGCACUGAUGGAACCUACAUGAAUCAUCCCACUGGACUUAAACAGUGUUUCACCUGUGGAAACUGUGAUGCAGGUUCUGGUCUGCAGAUAAAGACAUCAUGUACAUCAACAUCAAAUACAGUUUGUCAACCACUGGAGGGAUUCUACUGUAUGGACUCCACAGAGGACGGCUGUGUGAGAGCACUGAAACACACAAGCUGUCAACCAGGACAAUACAUCAGACAAAAAGGAACAGCUCUCAGGGACACUGAGUGCACUGACUGCAGUGAUGGAACAUUUUCAGAUGGGACAUUUACAUCUUGUCAACCACACACACAAUGUGAAUCACUAAAGCUUCAGCUGAUCAAACCAGGAACUGAUUCAACUGAUGCUGAAUGUGGAGAACAAAGUUCACAUGUGACAACAACUGUGAUCUGUGUGAUUGUGGUGCUUUUUUCAUUAAUUGGCAUAGCUGGGUUAGUUUACUUCAGAAAGAAGAAAUCAGAAAAAAAGGGGAAUGCAGACAUUUCUAGACAGGAAAAAACAAAUGGAGAAAUGUCAGUGAGGCUAACCAGAUGCCAGACAGUAUCAGAAAAAAAAGAAAAUGCAGACAUUCCCAUACAGGUAUGUUUGUUGUCUCUUUUUGAUACUGUAAUGAAUGUACUUUAGUAGAUGACAUAAUUC